CCACUAGUCCACAGGCUUCAGUCAUUCAGUCAGGAAAGUCUGUAAUCUGUGCAGUCUGUAGUCACCGUGGCGGAGCGAGACUAAAAGCCCAUCAUCGCCUCCGUCAAUGAGUGAAGCCAGACAGCGAACCCGGGCUGAAGUGACCGAGAGGAGCGCUUUCUUCUUCGUGCGUGCAGUCGGUGUUCGGCGGAGCUCUCAGUGCUUCAGUCCUCCGGAGGAAAAGUGUUGAUCUCAAGGACGUUCACUAUACAACAAGCUCGAAAAACGCAAACCUGGGAAACGGUUGAAAAUGACCGCGAUCAGAGAUUAUUUUCCUCUCCUGCUUGUUUGUGUGGCGGCGCUGACGGACGUUGGCGCUGAAGCCUCCGUCUCUGAGGAUGCUCUAUCUAUCACCCCUGGGGGGCCUUCAGAAAGCGGGGCCAGGUUGUACUCCACCACCCAAGACACGGGCAGGAGGCUCCCCAUUGUCACCACAGCCCCUCCUGUCAACGUCCCCAACCACCACCCACUCUACAGGAACCCCCCUCAACACUCUCAGCCGAAAUACUUUGAAGACAGCAGGUUAUCCAUCUCUCAGUCCAGCUUCCCCACCCUUACAUCGGGGGCUCCGCCGGAUAAUAACGGAGAUAAAAGGGCUUUGGAUGAGUUCAUUGGAAGCUCCAACAUGCAAACAACCCUUGUAAUGCACGGAUUAGCAGUAACUCCUCUCUCUGACAACCCUGUUCCAGUCACCAGCCAGGUUUUAAAAGAUCAUGCUGCCAACAUCGCCUCUGCUGCAAGAGAGGAAGAUGUAGGGAGGUCAGAGGAGCCUGCAACGAAGCAGAACGUGAAGCCCAGCAGCGAUGAAGAGGAGACAACCACCACCACCACCACCAUAACCACCACAACCAUAAUCACCACCAUGCAGAGCCCAGUUCCCUGCCAGGUGAACCUGACUGGGCCAGACGGAUACAUAAGAGCUCCUCCACAGUCGAGCUCUGCUUUUCAAUCCACUAUGGACUGCAGCUACAUCAUAACCGUGUAUAUGGGCUAUGGAGUGGAGGUACAGGUGAUGAACGUGAAUCUAUCUGAGGGUGACAAGGUGGUGUUUGAAGAUGUGGGCCAGGGAGAGAACACCAUGCUUGCCAAUGAGUCCAUCCUGAUGAGGGGGUUGGUAAUAAGAAGCCACAGCAAUCAGAUCUCUAUCCGCUUCCACAGCCAGAGGCCUCAGGACGGAUCAGUGCUGCUCAGAUACCAAGCCUUUGUCUUGAGCUGUGUGUUCCCCCGGCGGCCUCUCUACGGGGAUGUGACGGUGAGCAGCCUUCACUCUGGGGGGGAGGCAUACUUCUCCUGUCUGAGCGGAUACCAGCUGCAGGGCUCCGCUGUGCUGACCUGCCGCAACACCAGCACUCCCUACUGGAGUGGCAAGGAACCACACUGCUUAGCUGCCUGUGGUGGUUUGAUGAAAAACGUCACAGUAGGUCGGAUCAUCUCUCCUGGUUUUCCAAGCAACUACAGCAACAACCUUACCUGCCACUGGCUGCUGGAGGCUCCUGAGGGACACAGGCUUCAUGUCCACUUUGAGAAGGUGGCACUGGCUGAGGAUGAUGAUCGGCUGCUGAUCAAAAAUGGUAACAGCAUAGAUGCAGCUGCCCUGUAUGAUUCAUAUCAGGUGGAGUAUCUUCCCAAUGAAGGCCUACUCAGCACAUCCAGGUAUCUCUUCGUUGAGCUAACAACAGAUGCUACAGGCACAUCCACUGGCAUCGCCAUCCGAUACCAAGCCUUUGCAGCAGGCCACUGCUACGAACCCUUUGUGAAGUAUGGUAACCUGACCAGCAGCGACAACACUUGGGCAGUAGGAGCUGUUGUGGAGUUUGCCUGUGACCCUGGCUAUACUCUGGAACAGGGAUCCGUCACCAUUGAAUGCAUGGACCGCAACAACCCCCAGUGGAACGAGACCGAGCCUGCCUGCAGAGCCGUGUGUAGCGGCGAGAUCACAGACUCAGCAGGAGUGGUGCUGUCUCCAAACUGGCCUGAAGCCUACGAUAAAGGCCAGGACUGUAUCUGGGGAAUCCACGUUGAGGAGGACAAGAGGCUCAUGGUGGACAUUCAAGUAUUGAACAUUGGGAAGAAUGACCUGAUGACCUUUUAUGAUGGAGAUGACUUGACUGCUAAGAUUCUGGGUCAGUAUGGAGGAUCUAAAUCCAGAUUUAAGCUCUACACCUCUACCGCAGACCUCACCAUCCAGUUCCAGUCCGAUCCGGCGACCAAUGUGUACGGCUAUGGCAACGGCUUCGUAGUCCACUUCUUUGAAGUAGCUCGGAACGACACCUGCCCUGAGCUGCCAGAGAUCUCUAAUGGUUGGAAGAGUACAUCUCACCCUGAGCUGGUUCAGGGCACCGUGGUGACCUACCAGUGUUACCCUGGUUAUCAGGUGGUUGGCGCCGAGCUGCUCAUGUGCCAAUGGGACCUCACCUGGAGCGGCGACCUACCCAGCUGUGAAAGAGUGGUGUCAUGCCCUGACCCUGGGAAGGUGGAGCAUAGCAGGCGGGUGCUUUCAGGGUCUCACUUCACCGUGGCUUCAACCAUCCAGUACAUCUGCAACAAGGGCUUCACUCUGUCUGGCAACAGCCUCCUCACCUGCUUCAAUCGAGGGUCCUCAGGCCCCAAGUGGAAUCAGAAGCUGCCCAAAUGCCUACCGGAGGUUUUGGAUCCCUGCAGUCACCCAGGAACGCCGACAUACGGGGUCCCCAGCUCCAACAAGGUCCAAUUCCAGGCGGGAGAGACCCUCCACUACUCCUGUCUGUCUGGACACCAGCUGCUGGGGGAGCCGGUUCUCCACUGUGUCCCUGGACACCCGUCCCAGUGGAGUGGGCUGCCACCUGUCUGUAAAGCCCACCCAGCUGAUGAGCACAGAUUAGAUGUGUCUACUGCAGACCUAAGAAUGGAAGGGGCCAACGUAGCAUUUGCUGUCUUCAUCCCCAUCGUCCUCCUCCUCACGCUCAUUAUUGGAAUCUACCUCUACUUCUCAAAGCUUCAGAGAAAGCCACUUCAGCUGUCACUGUCCUCCAACCUACCAUAUGAAAACAUAUCUGGAGAAUCCACGUGUGACAACUCAGUUUAUGAGACAGCGGAUACAAGAGAAUACGAGGUUUCAAUCUGAAGACACCAGAGCGUGUGUUUCAGGAUGGACAGACAAGAAGCCUGCUGGCCUUUUCAACAUCUGUCAGACUCACACCUUUGGUGACUCCACCCUGUUCUCUAUACACUGAACAUGAGUCUCCCUUUAUUUACCCUAAGAGGAUGCCAUACUACCGCUGGAAAGGCUGGGCCACCGGAUUAUUUUUCUAGCUCUUCAACAGUACAGUCCAGCAGCAGCAGUUUGUACAGUUUUUAAUCCUGUGAUUGCAUCCUGAGGACUUUCAGCACCAAGUACCAUCUCAGAAAGCAGAUGGAAUCAAUGCAAAGCUUGUGCCAUUAAGUGAUAUAACCACUGAUGUUACAUUGUGUUAUAUACAUUAUACACUAAAUGUCUCCUGCACCAUUUAAAGAGCAAUGCUUGGAUUGAUGGGAUGUCUAUUAAGAGUAAAGUCUUAAUUUAUCUUGACAAACAACAGCAUUUGCAUUUAGAGUAUGCUCAAAAAUGUAGCUCUUCGAAUUGAUGCACGAUCUGAGACAAGAAAUCAGAAUAUACCUUAAAUAAAAGGCCCUAUAAAAUAUAGUUGUUCCUGGUUGAGAGAUAGAGAAGAAAACUCAUUUUAUUUUCAUACCUGUAUUAAGUACGGCGCUGGAUGUGGUUAACCUUACUUUGCAUAAAGACUGAAAGCAGGGGGAUUAGCUUGCCAGGCUUCGUAAAUACACCUAACAACUCCUUGUAUGUUGUAUCUUGUUCAUUUGUACCCCAAGUAGAAAAAAAAGGAUUGUAACAUUUUCUUGAAACAAUCCACCUAAACACUGCUAACUUUAUCAUUUCUGAGAAAGGAAGAUUUUUGAAAAGAAAAAGCGUUUGGGGGUGCAAAUUACAAUAAAUAUUAUUAUUAUUAUUAUUAUUAUUAAUAAUAAUAAUAGUGCUCAAAGCACUUUACAUUACAUAUUACAUUUAUCAGACAUGUAAUUCAUCAUACUGUAUGUUGUUCUUUUACAGUAUUGCUAAUGAACAAGUGACUCAUUAGCUUGUUAGCAUCAACAGUCUGACAGCAACGGUUGCCUCAGGACAGUCUUCCCUGUUAAAGCUGAUGGGUCAAGUAUUUAUUUUUUCAAAUGUUAAAUUUGUCUCUUUAGAUCUCGACAGCAGUCAAUAAAGCAAAUGUUCUGGCCUUUCACUCUGUGCCCCACCGGAGUCUUCCACAAGCUACUAACCUUACAUCUAGUGACAUUAGCCAUGUUGAUUGUUCACAUUCAUUUUUAUGUUUCAGCUUGUCAACUUGGGGUCUUUUUGACGAGACGUAUUGAUUGAAGCUACUGCUAGCUACUUUCUUUGGGAAAAGGUUAGGAACAUUUAUCUAGGUGUUUGCAUUGGAUAGUUUGAAAAAUCGGGUUUAAUCUCUCUUUCUGGCUUUUCCAGUUGUACCUACUCAAGCGUUCAAGGAUUCAUUUAUUGUCUUUCUGAAACACAAGGUUGCCCAAUGAAAUGCAAUUGUAGCCUAGUCUAUUUAGGCUACACAAUAAAAAGCCUUGCUAGCCCUAGCAUGUUUAUGCUCAUUCAGGUUAACCAUGUCCUCCAGCUCCAUACAUAAGACACUGACAUGAAAUUGGUUUCUAUGUUUCCAUCUUGCUCUGCAAAUACUCAUAUUUCCCAGAAUGUCAAACUAUAAACAUCCAAUUUCAAUUAGGAUCAUUCAAGUUUUAUUAUUUAUAUUUUAGAAUGACAAUCCUGAUUUUAUACACUUAUAUGUAAUAUGCAGUUAAGCUUCACAAAUUGAUUUUGACCACUUUCACUGACAUGUCAUGCAGUACACUUUAUAUAAAGCGAAAAGGAAAAUGUGCACCAAGGUAAGCUACUGUUCAUAUUGCCAUUGCCUGUUUGGAGAUUGUGUCUAAACCCAGACAAUAACUGUUGUUCGCACAUACAGUAUUAUCCUAUGAUAAUAUGUACCCAAGCUGGUGUGAUGAUGAUGAUAACAAUUAACCUAUUUUUGAUUCAUUGUACAUAAUGUACUGAUAAAGCUAAUUCACAAACAUCUUCA